AUGUUUCCUUUCGGUCUUGAUAUCAACGAGCCGCGAUUCCAAUCCCCACCACUUUCCUCUAAUCCAGCCAUCUCCGGAGCUCCCGACCUCACCCUCACCUCCGCCAUGUCCUUCACCACCCAGGCCGCAGCCCGCUGCGCCAGACAGCUCUCCGGCUCCGUCCGCCCGUCCUCCCUGCGCAUCGCGACCUCCGCAUACCUCACAACCCGUCGCACACCCAGCAGCCGGCGCAGUGAAUCCACCCAGGCCGCUGCUACGAACCCGAAGAUCUCCCAGAUUGUCGACCAGAUCAGCACAUUGACUCUGCUGGAGACUGCCGAUUUGGUUGCUAGCUUGAAGACCCGCCUCAACAUCCCCGAUCUCCCAGUCGGCGGCUUCGCCGUUGCCGGCGGUGCCCCCGGAGCGGCCGCUCCCGUCGCCGAGGAGGAGGAGGCUGCCCCUGCUGCCGCGGAGAAGACACUGUUCAACAUCAAGCUCGAGUCUUUCGAGGCUACCUCCAAGCCCAAGGUGAUCAAGGAGAUCAAGACCAUGCUCGGUCUGUCGUUGGUUGACAGCAAGAAGUUUGUCGAGUCUGCGCCUAAGGUGCUGAAGGAGUCUGUGCCCAAGGAGGAGGCGGAGAAGAUUGUUGAGACGCUUAAGGCGCUUGGUGCUAAGGCUGUUCUGGAGUAG